AUGACGGGACGGGAUGGGACGGGAUGGGACGGGAUGUAUGACGGGACGGAGCGGGAGGGAACGCGACGGAGCGGGACGGGACUGGCGGGAGGAAACGUAGGAGACGCGCCGAUCCCCAUACCCCUUUCCCUUCCCACAUCCCCUUUCCCUAACCCCAUCCGCCUUCCCCUCCCCCAUCCCCCUUCUCUUUCCCCAUCCCCCUUCUCUUUCCCCAUCCCCCUUCUCUUUCCCCAUCCCCCUUCUCUUUCCCCAUCCCCCUUCUCUUUCCCCAUCCCCCUUCUCUUUCCCCAUCCCCCUUCCCUUCCCGCAUCCCCUUUCCCUUUCCCCAUCCGCCUACCCUUUCCCCAUCCCCUUCUCUUUCCCUAUCCCCCUUCCCUUCCCCCAUCCCCCUUCUCUUACCACAUCCCCUUUCCCUUCCCCACACCCUCCUUUCCCUUCCCCCAUCCCCCAUUCCCUUUACCCAUCCCCCAUCCCUUCCCUGCAUCCUCCUUUCCCUUCCCCCAUCCCCCUUCCCUUCCCCCAUCCCCCUUCCCUUCCCUCAUCCCCCUUUCCCUCCCCCUCUGCUAUCACCUUCUUUUCUCUUUCUGCUACCACCUCCCUUCCCCCUCUGCUGUCACCUCUCAUCCCGUGAUACCACCUCCCUUCCCCCUCUGCUGUCACCUCUCAUCCCGUGCUACCACCUCCCUUCCCCCUCUGCUGUCACCUCUCAUCCCGUGCUACCACCUCCCUUCCCCCUCUGCUGUCACCUCUCAUCCCGUGCUACCACCUCCCUUCCCCCUCUGCUGUCACCUCUCAUCCCGUGAUACCACCUCCCUUCCCCCUCUGCUGUCACCUCUCAUCCCGUGCUACCACCUCCCUUCCCCCUCUGCUGUCACCUCUCAUCCCGUGAUACCACCUCCCUUCCCCCUCUGCUGUCACCUCUCAUCCCGUGCUACCACCUCCCUUCCCCCUCUGCUGUCACCUCUCAUCCCGUGCUACCACCUCCCUUCCCCCUCUGCUGUCACCUCUCAUCCCGUGCUACCACCUCCCUUCCCCCUCUGCUGUCACCUCUCAUCCCGUGCUACCAGCUCCUCCCAUGAAGCCAACACUUCGCCAACCCUUUCACCUUUUUCCCCUGCUUUCACACACUAUUCCGCCAAGCAAUCACUUCCCCAAUUCCUCCCUGCCUCCUUUCUUUCCCCAUGCCAUGCCUCCCCUCGCUUUCCUCCCAUGCCUCAGCUCUCAUGGCGCCACAAAGAACCAGUUCAUCCUUAG